AUGGUCAGCCCCAAGCACACGACAGCACCCAUUCCAGUCCCUAGCCUGAUUCAAACUGAGGAUGAGGACACAAGUGACAGUUACUCUCCAUCACAGGAAGAGAGUAGUAGCGAUGAGCAUGAUGCCUUCCCGCCAUGUACACCACAGCAAGAAAGGAAGUUCUUGGUGUUUGAGAGCUGCUUGCUUGAGCUCUUUCGAACAUGCCCACAAUGCUUCUCCACCUGCUCCAACAAAAUCACCACGCAAGGCACCAUGAUAUCAGUGAAGAGCCAGUGUCGUCAUGGGCAUGUGCGAAGCUGGGACAGUCAGCCUAUGGUCAAUGGGAGGCCAACUGGAAACCUCCUCCUCUCGGGUGCCAUGUUCUUCUCCGGGGUUAAUGUUGCUCCCACUUUGCGAAUGCUCAAGCAUAUCAAUGUCCAAACAUUCAGCCUGACAACGUUCUACAAGUACCAGAGCAGCUUUCUUGUUCCAGCUGUUGAGAAGGUAUGGUGUGCAGAGCAAAAGGAGCUCCUCGACCAAUUGAAAGGCCAGGCUGUUGACGUGUCAGGGGAUGGAAGGUGCGAUUCACCAGGUUUUUCCGCAAAGUACAUGACAUACAGUAUUCAUGUUGAUCAAAUCAACAAAAUUAUUCACUCUGUGCAAGUUCAGCUUGCAGAGAACGAGAGGGUCACUGCGAGUGUCCAAAUGGAGAAGGAGGGACUCAUCAGAAGCCUCAGGUUCUUGAAGGAGCAUGGCAUAACACUGAAAUCUGUUACUACCGAUCGUCACCCGGCUAUCAGAAAGCACAUGGAGACACAUGAGCCGGAGACAAAGCACUUUUUCGACAUCUGGCACAUAUCAAAAAGUGUGAAGAAAAAACUGACUGCUAUCAGUAAAAGCGCUAGCUGUCGCAGCUUAGAUGGCUGGAUUCAAGGAACGUCAAACCACUUAUAUUGGUGCGCAAAGGCUGGAGGAGGAAAUUCCCAAAUGACUGUCGACGCAUGGCUCAGCAUCCAUAAUCAUGUGAUCAACAUUCACAACGGGCAUGCUGGAUCGUAUUUGCGUUGCCUCCAUGGCCCAAUUCCAAAUGGAGACUGGCUUGAACCUGAUUCACUAGCUUAUAAAAAGUUCAAGGAAGUGACAGGAAACAAGCGCAUCUUGAAAGAUGUGGCGCAGAUGUCGCCAAACAUCCAAACCUAUGCCCUGGAAUCAUUUCACAGCCUCCUUAUCAGGUUUGCGCCAAAAUCAGUGGCCUUCUCCCCUGAAGGCAUGCUUUGCAGGACGAGACUGGCAGUUCUCCAUUACAAUGAAAACGCUGAACGUUGCCAAGCGGAGACAUCGGCUGGAGUACAACGGUGGAAAGUGAAAAGCUGCAAAGCAAGGCAGGGCCACCAAGUUGCUUGCCCCGUUAAAACUCCACCAACAUUCAACUACAUUGUGAAGCUGCUUGCACAAGCAGAAACUGAAUGCAAUUCGUGCACAUCAUUUGAAGAUGCAAAGAAGAGACGAAAUUCACAAAGCUUCCCACUCCCGAUGACCCACCGCAGAGAGAGGCUGCCAAAGGAAGACAUCGUGGCAGCCAGAAUUUCCAGAUUAGCCAACUGA